AUGGACUCCAAUGAACGUCCCGAUGUUUUAAUAGACUCUUUGCCAUACUUUGAUCAAGAAAUAGAUUAUGAAGGAAUGCGAGCAAAGGUCGAUAAACUUGUUGAACAAGAAAUGAAAAAACGUCCUGCUAGUUUCAAACGCGAUCAAGUUUUGAAUUUUCCAGCAAAUUUCGAAUUCUUCAAAGAUUCGCCAGUUCUUACAACAGAAUAUCAGCGUGUUCAACAAGGUAAACCUAUUGCCGAAAUGGAUACAACAAGAUACAAAUUAGCAGAGCCUGAGGAUAAAGAAGAUCAAGAAGAUUGGAAGAAAGCUGUAGAUAAUUCUAAAGCACAAUUACAACAUCAAAAUUUACGAAUGUUCAAUUUAGAAUUAUUACAAAAAUAUGGGGCCAAUGCUUGGAGACUUCAUAAUUAUCAAUUAGAACAUGAGUUGCAGCAGUAUCAAAUGAUUAUGGAAGAAUAUAAGCAAAAUAUUUUAGAUUUGAAUAAACAGAGAAAAUCUGAACAGCUUCAAGCGGGGAAUCAAAUUGAAGCAUUGAAUAAUAAAUGGAAUGAGAUGAUUGGUCAGACUCUUCAAGUGGAAGUCGCUUGCGCUUCAUUAGAAGUUGAGGUACAACAAUUAAAAUCGUAUGAACAGCAACUUAAGACAUCAUUGGAAAUGAGUAAUGAAGAACAAGCUACUGAAGAUGAGAAUAAUAAAACGGAAGAUUAA